AGCUGCAGAGCAUCCCUGCAGAGGUUCCGAAGACAGCCCAGGAGCUCCUACAGCCUCUGCCCUCAGGUACCAUGAAGGUCUCCGCCGCGGCCCUAGCCGUCCUCUUCGCCGCUGCUGCUUUGUGCGCUCCUGCAUCUGCCUCGCCAUAUGCCUCCGACACCACUCCCUGCUGCUUCGCCUACAUCUCCCGCCCGGUGCCCCGGGCCCACCUGCAGGAGUAUUUCUACACCAGCAGCAAGUGCUCCAUGCCAGCAGUUGUCCUAAUCACCCGAAAGAAGCGCCAGGUGUGUGCCGACCCGGAGAAGAAAUGGGUGCGGGACUACAUCAACACUCUGGAGAUGAGCUAGGAUGGAGGGCGCCUGGAAGCCGAACUAGCCCAACUUUCUUAUUACUUCUUGCUCUUGUCCUCACCAGCUUAGAAGGCUUCUCCCCAGUCCCUACUCCC